UCUAAAGAGAUAUUUCAGACGGUCACAAACAGCCCAGACGAACACGGGGGUGAUAGUAGAGUUGACCUGGAUUUUCUACGAUACAGAAUCAACUGGAGGGGUGACCGUGUCAUUACCCUCGUAAGGUAUCGGAAAUGACAUCAACAGUGUGUCCAGAGAAGCAUUGAUCGGCUCGGCUACACUUGGAGUUGUCUUUGUGGCUGGUUAUUACAUUGGCAAAAGAAGAUCCACCUUUUCCAUGGACAUCUUCAAGAGUCACUCUGGGGCAAAAGAUAACCCUUUGAUGCAGUAUGUCCUCAAUCAUUCAAUGAGGGAGCAUCCGGCCUUGAAAAAACUCAGACUGAGGACUAUGGAUGAUUCGUGGAACUUCAUCAUGGUUGCCGCGGAGCAGUCUCAGCUGAUGGCUAACCUGGCAAGACUCAUCAAAACCAAGAAAGCUAUAGAAAUCGGAGUAUACACAGGGUACAACACUCUGAGCAUAGCGCUGGUUCUGCCAGACGACGGGAAGAUGGUGGCCUGUGACAUCAAAGACGAAUACCCCAACAUCGGCAAACCCUUCUGGAAAGAGGCUGGAGUGGAACAAAAAAUAGAUCUACGCAUCCAGCCGGCAUUGAAAACUCUAGAUGACCUCUUGGCCAAUGGCGAGGCCGAGACAUUUGACUUCGUCUUCAUCGAUGCAGACAAAGCAAACUAUGACAACUACUAUGAAAAAUCCCUCCAGCUAGUGAGGAAAGGAGGCAUUAUUGCCAUUGAUAACGUUCUGUGGAGUGGGAAGGUGGUGAACCCUGCAGCUGAUGACAUUGACACCCAGGCCAUUGACAAGCUGAACAAGAAGUUGUACCGGGAUGUCAGGAUCAACAUCAGCAUGCUCACUGUGGGAGACGGAGUGACACUGGCCUUCAAACUCUAACACUAUGUAGGAGACAGGGCUUAAAACUACAGUACUAAAUGGAAGAUUGGCCAACACUGGUCUGUACUGCGGUAAACUGUAGUACCCAAUUACUGAGAAGUAGCUUUACAUUACGAUAAUCAGAUAGUACUUGGCAAGUGCUGACUUUUAAAAUGGUUGUGUAUAGGUCAUUAAUAAUAAACACACAUUAAAUCCAUGUGUGUAAUGCUGCCCUUGAAUAUAUGUGACCUGAAAAGGUUUAAAUGAAAGAACUAGGACUGUCAGAGCUAAUCAGGUAACUUAAAUUUUUGUGCAUUUUUUUUAAAUAUAUUGUCUGAAGGCAUUCAAAAAUAUACUGAAAACAAGUCGA